UCUGAAUUAUUAAUAGUAAAGCCUGAAGAAACAUAUUUCUCCAUAGUUACUUGUUUACUAGGUACACGUAGAGCGAACCAGAACCUGCAUCGGCAAAUGAAGGGUUGACAGCUCCGGGCUACUGGAACAAAAUGUCUGACCCCUCGUGGAACACAAAGGGUUAAGGUAGUUCACUUAAACCGUUUAGCUAAGUAUGAAGGCCGUACAGUUCCUCAGCGAGAAUGAGGACACUAGAGAAGAAACAAGUGCGCAAGGUCCAGGUUGAUUCUCCUCUUGUGGGCUAUGUGUUCUCCCCAUUGUGCCCUCCAGCAUUGGAAAAAGUCGGAUUCCUCGGAAAUGCUUCUCGGUGUUUCUUGUUUUGUUUCUUCUCGCCCUAUGAAAGACUGACUACGUGCAACGGACUUCAGAGAUGAGUCUCAAUUGUGUUCGACCAUCGACUACCCAAGAGGAUUUCCAUUGCUGACGGGGGAAAUGGGUCAACCAUGAAGAUUUCUGAAGCCAGAAGGUUCGAAAGACGAGAGGAAAUGAGGGGGGAAGGAUGAUGUUGAGAAUGGCAUAACAAAUACAGAUGUACUUGUUCGCCAAAUCUAACAAUUGCGAGUAUUUUUCGGAAUGCUGAAUAUUAUCAUCGAUCCGUUACCUAAAUUAUCAGCAUUAGCUUCCACGAGCCUAAGGUAAGCUCUCCUAAAGCUACUUGAUCUAACGCAGAGGGUUACUAUCAGGUAGCAUCCGAGUAGAGGCAAUCCAAUGCGUCUCACGAAGUGCUGAAACGCUUAGCGCAGAAAAUGAGCUCCUGAUCGCAGCAGGAUGGCCGUCGUUCUUUUACUGCUGAACCUACGCCUAACUAUUGAACGAGCGUUUUACAAAUUGGCUCCCAACGCGGGGGACGACGUAUGGACGAGUUCAGGUCGUUUCGCGACUUAUGGCGUUACAAAUUGGCGUCCCUUACACACCCCAACGGAUAGUGUAGCUCCAAGCCUCGAGUAUGAUUUCAUUUUUAAGGAAAAAUCGAUAGACCGGAUAGAACGACCCUCGAUGGAUAUCGGGCUGUUGACAAUCAAGGGCUGCAUACAAGAACCGGGGGCACGUCAAACGCAGCCUUGCGUCGCAUGCUUCAUCCGAAACGGCGCGCCGUCUUGGUUAAAUGCUGAGCACGCGAUCGACAGAUAUCUGUUCCCGCUAUCUUUCGCUGACUGCUCGAUCGAACUUCACGGGUGUGUUCAUCCUGUUCCGACGAAAUUCGAGGGAUUCUUCGCAUUGCCGAUCUACUUAGGUACCGCUAUUCCAAACGUUACAAAACGUGUUCGAACUUUACAAAACGAUGACGUUUCUGGUUUUAAUCAUCUAACGAUAUACGUGUCUCUGGUUUCAGCAUCAUCUUACAACCACUUAAUCUCUACUAUGGAAAUUGUGGUGGCCCUUGGAGGUUUGGCAGACCAAGCCGGCGUGAAAGCUGGCGACGUGAUCAUUAAAGUAAACGGGGAGACUAUACAACACUUGAGACACUGCGAGGUCCAAGAACGUCUGGUUAAAGCCAGAAACGAAUUUACAUUGACUGUUCUACGAAAUCUGAAAUUCGAACGAGCCGUUCAACAAGAAUGA